AUUCUGCAGAUUUCGUUUUCCUUUCUCAUCCGGCUUUUCGACACUUCGCGCUUCCAGGCUGCCGUACCGGUGACGUCAUUUCCAUCCUACACCGGAAGUGUGAGUUGGCUGGCCGGUGAUACCAAGAUGUCUGCCAUAUUUAAUUUCCAGAGUCUGUUGACAGUCAUCUUGCUGCUCAUCUGCACCUGCGCGUAUAUACGAGCUCUCGCUCCCAGCCUGCUGGAUAAGAACAAAACAGGGUUUCUUGGAAUAUUCUGGAAAUGUGCAAGAAUAGGUGAGCGCAAAAGCCCUUACGUGGCGUUUUGCUGUAUCAUCAUGGCCUUCACCAUUUUAUUUUCGGAGUAGCAGCAGAAGCAUGUGAGGAUUUGGAGCAGGCAGAGAGGAUUUCCAAGAACAGCUACAAGAUUCUACAGCAGGGAACAAGAUGUGUAAUUGGGCGACAUUCAGACUCUCUCGGACAGAACUGGCUUCUGGUAAUGCAUGUGGAGUGCUCUCCAAAAACAGCUUGAGCAUUUCUCAGCCUCCCGGAUCUUUUUUUUUUGUAAAUACAAAUAAUUGUUGGUCUCCAUGGUGAUGCCCCAGUUGUCAUUGACUCGUGCACUCAAAGCUGAUCAGAUGUAACGUGUUUGUUGUCAGAGCCAAAAUGCUUGUCCAUGACAGUUUUAAUGUGGGACAUUGAGGAUAAAUUUGAUGCGCGUGGAUGUGCUUGAUAUCAUGAUUGUUAAAUUGUUUAAUUGGAUCUGUUGACUUUACAUGCACAAGUUUGCAUUAAAAGGUGAAUUUAUUACAGAAA